GACCUGGCGACCCGAGCCUGAAGAGACUCAGGAGGUCUGUGUUACACUGACAAGACCUCGAAACGUAGGUGGCGGAGAACAUAAUAUAAUAAACUCCGAGGAAGCUUCAACGUAUGGCUCAGAAGCCUACAGACGAAGCAGCCUUCGGUGUUGCCAUGCCUGGUCGCACCUCCAUUCCCUCCGGCGACAACUCUGUUUGGGCCGAUGUGUCGCCCCUCCUUCAAGCCGCUUGCCAAGAUCUUCAGGAGGGAGAGCUGAUUCACGGGGAUAAUUUCAAUCUAUUUGCUGCAAUGUCAGCGUUGGAGAUAAUGGACCCAAAGAUGGAUUCAGGUAUUGUUUGUAGAUACUACUCUCUUGAGGAAGCCAUCGAGAAUGGAGCUGCUCCAGUUCCUGUUAAUGUUGAUAAGACAACUGAUAUUCGAUGCACAAUUGACAUUAUGGACCAUCUUCUGGCAUGUGAGGCAACAUGGCACAAGGGUCAUUCAUUGGCUCAAACUGUUUAUUCUUGCCUCUAUCUCCUACAGCCUGACAGAACAUCAUCGCAUGCCCUGUUGCACUCAUAUUGUAGAGUCAUUCGUGCAACCUGCAAAGCAGUUCUUUCAGUUGUCUCAGAUGCACGCACACAUGAAGAAGAGGAUCUAUUUACCAUGGCAUAUGGCCUUCCUCUGAGUGUAGAUGGAGAUGAGAAGUGCUUAUCGAUGCUAAAUGCUGUUGAGGAAUCAAUAUCACGCCAACUGCGUGCAUGUAAAUCAUCAUCUAAACGAAGAGUAUUAGAAGAUACGGAGCCGCUUCAAAAUAAUCCUGAUCUAGAAGAAGGCUACUGCAAAGCAUUGUUAUGCCGAUUACGUUUUCGUAAGCAUUUGUACCAUCUUUUGAUGUCUAUCAGACGGCCACAAGGGAGGGGACUGGAGUUGGCAAGGAAACACAUAGCUUCAUGCAUUUCGGAGCUUGAGUGCAUUUUAAAAUCCUCAGAGUUUCUUAGGGCUAGUGCUCAGGGAAUGUGUGAACAAAACAUAGAAGACACGACUGCAUCUGGUUGUCAAGCAAUUGGAUUUGAUGCUAGUUUAAACUGCAGAUCAUCAGCCCCAACUCCUCCCCGAUCUAUUAAAAUUCUCAGUUGGAAAAAGGCUGUUCAGUAUUUUGUGAAACUUCUGCAAGAUCUGGACAUUAUAUGUUCCUACUCUUUGGAUCCGUCACUGGAGGCUGCUUUGCACUUUGUGAUUAAAUUCCAGAAGUCUCAGCCUGAUUUGGUUGCUAGAUCUCAUCUUCAGCUCCUGCUGGUCCAAGAUGGGAAGCUCUAUGGACGGAUUCCAAUGUUUGCUUUGAUUACUAGAGCUGCUGGAUUGCCUGAAGUCACGAAGGAUCAUGACAUUCAAAAAACUGAAUCCAUGGUACAACUUGGGCAGUUAGUAAAUAAUUUGCUCAAAAUCCUGUGUACCAAUGCUGCAUGGCAAAGACGUAAGCUAGGGAAAAUGUUACAAGACUGGCGUGUCAUCUAUGUUCAGCUGGAGUUGGCUUUUAAAAAGGAGUUUGGAGAAGCUGCAAACCCCUCCUAUGAUGAGUUAUGUUUCAAAAUAUUCCAACAGAUCCUCAUGUGGGUUGAAGAGCAAACUUACUGGAUAGCAUACCGUUUUCUUAUUUUGGGUUUUGAAUUGGAGCUCUACUCUGUACAUGAUUAUUGCAUGGUAUACUGGUAUAUAUAUACAGUUCUGAUCAAGCUUGCGGAGAAGACACAUCUUAGGGUCGUGAUGAAUAGUGGUACUGCCAAAAAGAAGGCUAAGAAGAAAAGGGAUUCUUUCAAGGAUGCAGGCCGGGAUUAUCAGAUGCCAGGAGCUGUCUUGUUUCUUCAGGGCCAAAUAUAUCUAGCUGAAGGAUUAUGCAUGAUGCUUGCUGCCUUGAAGAAUGAGCGCAUUUUGACAGUACCACAGAGCCCUUUUAAUACAGAACAUGAGAUAUUCAUUCAGCAAUUUGAGCUUCUACGGAAAGCUUGUCUCCCUGAUCACGUCUCAUACAGAUCCUUUAAGGAAUCAACAAUGCAUGUUAAUUUCUCGAACCUAGUCAUGUGCGAUUACUUCAAGGAAGCCCAGAAAAUUUCCAAAGAUGCCAAGAGCUGUUUUUCCAAUGACCCUGAUAAAAUGAGUGAGCUGCGCAGAGUAGAGCAAGUAGCAGAGCAUAACAGUGUGGCUUUAAAUGUCAUUUGCAGGCUAGGAGCCAUUGAUCCAUCACUCAAGAUUUCUUUUGAGUUCAGUCACCAUCCAUUUUUUGCUACAGCCACUGUGAAGAGAUCUUGAUGAAUGAGAGAGAGAGAGAGAUGCCACCAAUUUUGAAAGAUUACUGGGGCUGGGUGUUAGGAGCCAAUGUCAGUAAUGUUCAUUCAAUCAAAUUUUGUGGUUCACUUGUGAUAUUGAAAUUGUAAUAUUUUUUUGAAGAAGAAAUAAAUAAAUUAUUUUUAUGGACUUCUUCCUACUCGGUCCCUACU